AUGUAUGUGGGCAGUUUCGAAUUGUUUGUGCGAGAAAGUCUGGAAGCUCAGAUACCUCCAGAUGAUGACAUCAAGCCAAGGCCACCUAGUGGAGGAGGUUCUAGCAGUGGAGGAGGUCACAUUGGAUUUGAGGGCUAUGGAGCAGGCUCUAACAGGCCAGGUAUUCGACCCAUGACAGGAGGGAAAUCUCCCACCCUACCCCUCUGGUCGGCCAGAUGUACCACCAAGUUAUCCUUCAGAAAAAAAGCUACCCCCUACCCUGGGGGCCCUCUUAACAACCACAAUGCUGCCCCCUCUCCACCAGCUCCUCAUCAGCCUCCUACUCCCAGUGUGCCACGCCCUUCAUCAGGCCCCAGUUUCCCAGACCUUCCUGCAGUACCUACAGAUUUACCAAACUUGCCUGACAGUAUUCCAGAAGGUAGCAGUGCUGGCAGUGAAGAUGUAGACUUUGAUGAUCUUACUAGGAGAUUUGAAGAUCUUAAGAAGAAGAAGUAUACUUAG